UUUUUUUUUUGGUGGAGAUGAAGGGGUGGGUCUAUGGUACAUCACCUGAGUUGUGGGGUAAAUGUAGAGAGUGUCAAUCAAAGGCAGAGCUCUCAGAGCUGGGAAGGAGGCUCUAGAUGGCGGCUGUGCCUUAGAGAGAGCGCGCUCUGCUCCCUGCCUUCGCCUCACUUUACGCAACUUUCCCUAACUUUCGGGCAGCCUCAGGGGGCCCCCGCAGCCCCCUGCCUCUCCUAGUGACUUAUUGGGGUCGAUUCGGACCUUUUUUAGGGAGAAAAGCAGCUUUUAGGAGCUUUCUUUUCGUGCCUUGUUGGAAAGAAGCAGCCGUACUGAGAGCCCAGGUCGUUGUUUUUUCCAGCUUAGAAGCCAUGGCGCACCUCCAUUUUUGUGCGCUCUCCUAAUGAGGUUUUUUUUCUUCGUACCCGCUUUAAUAUUAAUUGUUGCUUUAUUUUUUUGAACAGUUAACAUAUUUGAGGGCUAUUUUAUUUAUUUUUCGUCUUUUAGCGGAGAAUUUUGUUUUUAUUUUUAAUUAUUUGGGAUCUGAUAUUUUUCUACUACUAGAUAGGACUCUUGCUUUGGACUUACUACAUGGAUCAGUAAAUACCUGGGCACAGGACUUCAAAGCAAACACAGAUUCCCCCUCCCCCUUAAUAUUUAAGAAUUAAAAGAUGAUGAGAAAUAAGGACAAAAGCCAAGAGGAGGACAGUUCGCCACACAGCAAUGCAUCGAGGUAUGAGCUAUCAACUUUCUUCCUUUUUUCUUUUUUUUGGGGGAAACCUCAGCUUACAUUGUUUACCUUGACAGACAAGGAUAGCUGUCUGUGUUAUUUUAAGUAUUUUAAUAAUUUGGAUUCGAUUUUUAAAGCGUGACCUUGAGACUGCUAAUAUGCCACACCCUAAUUUUUUGGUAGCAAUUUAUGAAAGUUGAGUUGACUUAAGGCCUCUUACAGCAGUCUAAAGGUAAGGUACCUUUAUUCAAGGGGGCCUUUUUUGCAAACUACAGUUUUUCUGUUAAUAAACUUCAGGUUUUAGGUUUUUGUGCUGUAGAAAAAUGACCUUGUCGGUUUUAGCCAUUGCUGCAUUGCACCAUUUUACAUACAAGGCAAAUUUUUUCUUUGAAGAAACUAGGAUUCCCAAACUUGUAACUGAAGGCCAUCGAGGAGCCUUGUGGUAGUAAAUUAUAGUAAAUAGACAUUUGAGAAAGUUAUAUGAAUGAAAAAAUGUACAUUUUAAAAGGAAAUUGCAAAUGGAACCCCUUGACUGAUGCCUCUCAGUUUAUAUUUUUACUUGAUUCUAUAUUUCUUUUUGAUACCUUUGACAUUUUAAGAAAUUUUGUAUGAUUUAUCAACAUUUAGGCAGUGGUUACAGUUCCUGCAUUUAUGAAAUUAAAUCUGUGAUCCCAGAAAUCCUGGAGUACUACUAAUAUACUUCUGCUUUGUGUUUGUUACUGUGAUUAAAAUUGUAUAUUUUACAUUUAAAAUAUUUUAAGGCUACAUUUAUAUGCUUACAUUCAGACAAUGUUUUCUGGUUGGUAGAUGUAGUAUAGUAUAUUAUCCUGGCACUUUCGUUGUAGCUGCUUUACAUUUAUUGAUUUAUUUCGACAGUGCCUUUUGGAAUGCUUUAUCUUCUGAAGCUUACAAAUGUACUGUUAAAAUCAUGAUUUGUUUCACAUUUGUUGGAGUAUAUAUUAGUGCCUAAGGAAUAAAGCCUCUGAGAUGUUUAUAUGAUCUGUAUGUUAAUUUUUAAAAGUAUAUGAAUGCUUUUCUUGUGUUCUUACAAAUUGUCAUGGUAUGAAUUUUAAAUCAUGUAGUUAAGAAUGAUUAUAGUUUUUCUUUCUACUUUUGCUUUUACUUUUAUCAUUUUGUAUAAAUAACAGUUUGCUAUAGGUUAGUGAAUAUGCAAGUUUUUAACAUGGUUUAUUACGAAUGUUGACUUUUAUCUGUUUCAUUAGACUUCAAAUAGUUUACCCCUUUUUUUCCCCCCCUCCAAAAAUACCUUUCCACAUUCUUCUGAAACCUGAGUUGUCACAUAGUUUGGUGCUGUCUUUUGAACUCCAAUGCCCUUGUAAUUACACAGGUUAGAUUUAGGACUGAGAACUCCUCUAGGAGUAAUCCUAGACUGAUUUUUCUGAAAAGUCACAGUGAUUUGAAGAAGUAAGAAUCCCCACAGGUGUUUGACAGAUCACUAAAGAUACAGCACCUAAAAUUGUUAAUCCCUUGAGUGUGUUUUGCAUAGUCUCACAUGGCCUUUGGUUUUCUUAUGCAAGGGUUGUGGUUAAUGUGGAUCAAAUUCUGUUUUCUAAUUAAAAAGAAAAAGCAGUGUUGCUGUUCUUUUAGUAAUUUCUUUCACCUGGAAAACGACUCUGAAGCUGUCAUGUAUUUACCUACUGGCAGUGGGGUUACAUCUUAACAAGAAGCAUAUAGUGUGUUUUUAAAUUCAUUUUUCAAGUAUAUUUUGAUUCCUGUACCUGAUGAAUGCCCAAAAAUAUUUGUGAGACUCCUUGAAGAGACCUUAAAGUUUUAAAUUUACUUGAAUUAUGGUUACCCUAAAUUGAAUACCUUAACACAUGUACAUAAUUAUGACAUCACUUCCUUUUAAACUUGUAAAGCUAAAGGGUAUAUUAUUGGUGUUUCAUUGUAGUACAUUGUUAUUUUUGUUUUUAGUGAGCUAAAAUAAAGGAGACUGUCUCUAACUAGCACUUUGUUCCUUAAUCCAACAGAAUUUCCCCGUUAAGGACCUGUUUCUAGGUCACAAAAUCUAUAGUAUUUACUACAAAAACCACUUUUGCACAAGAGGAAGGGAGAACUUUCUGCAGGUCAAAUAAAAACUUUGGCCUGAACUACUUUAGGAGCUGAAGGGAUUGAGUGCAAGUUUACUCUUUUUGGAAAAAAUUCAGUACUUAACCAGUGAUUAUGUAAAUUACUCCUGUAUUUCGUUGAAGUAUAUACUUAAGUACAAUGUUAUAUUUUGUAUAGCAUGGCUUUUGAAGAGUGCCAGUUAACUUUCAAAAAUAAGAUUUAGAAAAACAGUUGAUACCUGUAAAGUUUCUAAAUAUUUAAAACAAAGUUUCAGUGAUGGGCCUGUACAGAAAUGUAUACGACACACAUCUAAGUAACUGACAUUUCGAGGUGGCUUUAGUAAUAUCCAGUGGGGGAAGCAGGAGAGAAGGGAACCAGAAUGGAAGUGUGUGCACACAAAGAGUUCUUUCUGUGUUGUAGGACUCCUCCGCCUUUGCAAUUUGUCUUAAGAACUGAAACCGUGUAUUAAAUUUAUCUCCAAAUUGCCUCUGAACCAGAUUUAUUUUGGCAACCUGUGGUACGGUGACAUUCAGCUUUUAGCAGUUAUUCUAAAACCCUGGGGUGUCUGGAAAUGGUAAAUGCAGUUGCUUUUGUGGACUGUAAAAAGUCAGUUUUUUAAGUGGCAGCCAUUUUAUGACACUGUUAAUUCUCACGGAUCGGGAGUUUUCACAAGACUGAAAAUAAAACGAAUUGAACCCUGAAAUACCAAAUACCUCUUCUCCUCCCACCUCUCCUUUUUUGGUCCUCUGGUGCUAAAAUAAAGGGCAUCUCGGUACUUAGCCCUGGCAGAAGCUCUGCGAGCCCCUGGCAUCUUGGUGCAGGUCCAGCUCAGUCACAAAAUGGCUGUUCCUUUGUGCCGCAGCGCUGACAGACAUACUGCAUUGCACUGUGUACUCGCCAAACAGCAGGAAGUUGCCGUGCCGAGUUCAAAGGCCGGCCGGCGCCGGCGCCGAAAGCUGAUUGGCUGAGCGCACGCUUGGUAACAGCAGGUCAACAGCGUCGGCUCCGCCUCGUGACGUCAGACGCCUCGUCGCCGACGCGAGUGAACGUGGUGACGUGCUGCGCGCGCAGCCCAGGUGCUUCCCCUUCAGCCCCGCGAGCCGCAGCUGGAAGGGGAGCGGGAAGGAAAGGGAUCUUGAUUUCGGACCUGCGCGGUCGGUCGGCGUGGGGAGUUUACUGCUCUGAAUAAUCUCGCUCCUGGCGGUUCUUUCCACCCUCUCAGGCCGUCUACAUCCUGCAGCACGUAUUCUUUUACUUUUCCUGGGAAUGGCUUUCCGGUGUUAGAAGUAGCUUCUACUUUUGGAGAAAGUAAAAGGGGCCCGCCGGAAACCUUCAGAUUAAAAAAAAUUGCCCGUUUUUACAUUUUUCGCUUUCUUUUCCAGUAUCCUGUAGCCCCCCCCCUUUUCUUAAAUGUUCAAAAUGAUUAGUGAGUUGAAUUUUGUUACUAUUGACCAAAACUGUUUCAGUGUCAAAGGAAACAUUUUUAUUUAAAUCAAAACGUUUUAGCGGGUGUUAGAGCUGUUUUAAUACAUGGCUCAUAAACAAAGGGACGAUUAUUUGAGUUUGUCCCCGUGUCCUUUUACUUGGUACCAUACGUUUUCUGAAUUGGCAUUUGAUGGAGUAAAGCUCAGUCAUUCGGCAUCCGAAGAAGCUUCAGGUUCGGACUCAGGCAGCCAGUCGGAGAGUGAGCAGGGCAGUGACCCGGGAAGCGGACAUGGCAGCGAGUCCAACAGCAGUUCGGAGUCUUCCGAGAGCCAGUCGGAAUCCGAGAGCGAGUCGGCAGGUUCCAAGUCCCAGCCAGUCCUUCCGGAAGCCAAAGAGAAGCCAGCCUCCAAGAAGGAGCGGAUAGCUGAUGUGAAGAAGAUGUGGGAAGAAUAUCCUGAUGUUUACGGGGUGAGGCGGUCAAACCGAAGCCGACAAGAACCAUCACGAUUUAACAUUAAGGAGGAGGCCAGUAGCGGGUCUGAGAGUGGGAGCCCAAAGAGAAGAGGCCAGAGGCAGCUGAAAAAACAAGAAAAAUGGAAACGGGAGCCUUCAGAAGAUGAACAGGAACAAGGCACCAGUGCAGAGAGUGAACCAGAGCAAAUAAAAGUGAAAGCCAGGAGGCCUGUGCCCAGAAGAACAGUGCCGAAACCUCGUGUUAAAAAGCAACCUAAAGCUCAGCGUGGAAAGAAAAAAAAACAAGAGUCUUCUGAUGAUGAUGAUGAAGACGAUGAAGCUCCAAAAAGGCAGACUCGUCGCAGAGCGGCUAAAAAUGUUAGUUAUAAAGAAGAUGAUGACUUUGAGACUGACUCCGACGACCUCAUUGAAAUGACUGGCGAAGGAGUGGAUGACCAGCAGGAUAAUAGUGAAACCAUCGAAAAGGUCUUAGAUUCACGGCUGGGCAAGAAAGGAGCCACUGGAGCAUCUACUACUGUGUAUACAGUUGAAGCUAACGGAGACCCAAGUGGUGACUUCGACCCGGAAAAGGAGGAAGGCGAAGUCCAGUACCUCAUCAAGUGGAAGGGUUGGUCUUACAUCCACAGCACGUGGGAGAGUGAAGAGUCCUUGCAGCAGCAGAAAGUGAAGGGCCUGAAAAAACUCGAGAACUUCAAGAAGAAAGAGGAUGAAAUCAAGCAAUGGUUGGGGAAAGUUUCUCCUGAAGAUGUGGAAUAUUUCAACUGCCAACAAGAGCUAGCCUCAGAGUUGAACAAACAGUAUCAGAUAGUAGAAAGAGUAAUAGCUAUGAAGACAAGCAAAUCUACACUGGGUCAAACAGAUUUUCCUGCUCACAGCCGGAAACCGGCACCUUCGAAUGAACCUGAAUAUCUAUGCAAGUGGAUGGGACUGCCUUAUUCAGAGUGCAGCUGGGAAGACGAAGCCUUGAUAGGAAAGAAAUUCCAGGGCUGCAUUGACAGCUUCCACAGUCGGAACAAUUCAAAAACCAUUCCAACAAGAGAGUGCAAGGCCCUGAAGCAGAGACCACGCUUUGUGACUUUAAAGAAACAGCCGGCAUAUUUAGGAGGGGAAAAUCUAGAGCUCCGUGAUUAUCAGCUAGAAGGCCUCAACUGGCUUGCUCAUUCCUGGUGCAAAAGUAACAGUGUAAUCCUUGCUGAUGAAAUGGGCCUAGGAAAGACCAUCCAGACCAUAUCGUUCCUCUCCUACCUGUUCCACCAACACCAGCUGUAUGGCCCCUUUCUUAUAGUCGUCCCUUUAUCCACCCUCACCUCAUGGCAGAGGGAGUUUGAGAUCUGGGCACCAGAGAUUAACGUAGUGGUUUACAUAGGUGACCUGAUGAGCAGAAAUACGAUACGGGAAUAUGAAUGGAUUCAUUCUCAGACCAAAAGGCUCAAGUUCAAUGCACUUAUUACAACAUACGAGAUCCUCCUAAAAGAUAAGACUGUGCUGGGCAGUAUUAACUGGGCCUUUCUGGGAGUGGAUGAAGCCCAUCGGUUGAAGAAUGAUGACUCUUUAUUGUAUAAAACUCUGAUUGAUUUCAAGUCCAACCAUAGGCUCCUGAUUACGGGGACCCCUCUUCAGAAUUCCCUCAAAGAGCUCUGGUCCUUGCUGCACUUUAUUAUGCCGGAGAAGUUUGAGUUCUGGGAAGAUUUCGAAGAGACCACGGGAAAAGGGAGGGAGAACGGCUACCAGAGUCUUCACAAGGUGCUAGAGCCUUUCCUUCCGAGAGUGAAGAAAGAUGUGGAGAAAUCCCUGCCCGCCAAAGUGGAGCAGAUUCUCAGGGUGGAGAUGUCGGCCCUUCAGAAACAGUAUUACAAGUGGAUCCUGACCAGGAAUUACAAGGCUCUCGCCAAAGGAACCAGAGGCAGCACAUCCGGCUUCCUGAAUAUCGUGAUGGAACUAAAGAAGUGCUGUAACCACUGCUACCUGAUCAAACCGCCCGAGGAGAACGAGAGGGAGAACGGACAGGAGGUUCUCACGUCCCUGAUCAGGAGCAGCGGGAAGCUGAUUCUGUUGGAUAAACUGCUGACCAGACUCCGAGAGAGGGGGAACAGAGUCCUCAUCUUCUCCCAGAUGGUGAGAAUGUUGGAUAUCCUGGCCGAGUACUUGACUAUUAAGCACUACCCUUUCCAGCGUCUGGAUGGUUCCAUCAAGGGAGAAAUCCGAAAACAGGCUCUGGACCACUUCAAUGCAGAUGGUUCUGAGGACUUCUGUUUCCUGCUCUCGACAAGGGCUGGUGGCCUGGGAAUCAAUUUGGCUUCAGCGGACACAGUCGUCAUCUUUGACUCUGACUGGAACCCCCAGAACGACUUGCAGGCACAAGCCCGAGCCCACAGGAUUGGUCAGAAGAAGCAGGUAAAUAUUUACCGCCUGGUUACAAAGGGGACUGUGGAGGAAGAGAUCAUAGAACGGGCCAAAAAGAAGAUGGUAUUGGACCAUCUGGUGAUUCAGCGCAUGGACACCACUGGCCGGACGGUCCUGGAAAACAACUCGGGAAGGUCCAAUUCAAAUCCUUUUAAUAAAGAAGAGCUGACAGCUAUUCUGAAAUUUGGAGCAGAGGAUCUUUUCAAAGAACUUGAAGGGGAGGAGUCGGAGCCUCAGGAAAUGGAUAUAGAUGAAAUUUUGCGCUUGGCUGAAACCAGGGAGAACGAAGUGUCAACUAGUGCGACAGAUGAGCUCCUGUCACAAUUUAAGGUUGCCAAUUUCGCCACCAUGGAAGAUGAGGAAGAGCUGGAAGAGCGUCCUCACAAGGACUGGGAUGAGAUCAUUCCAGAGGAGCAAAGAAAGAGAGUUGAGGAGGAGGAGCGGCAGAAGGAGCUGGAAGAAAUUUACAUGUUGCCUCGAAUUCGGAGUUCCACUAAAAAGGCUCAGACAAAUGACAGUGACUCUGACGCCGAGUCCAAGAGGCAGGCCCAGAGGUCCUCUGCCUCUGAGAGUGAGACGGAUGACUCCGAUGAUGACAAGAAGCCAAAGCGCAGAGGGCGCCCCCGGAGCGUGCGGAAGGACCUUGUAGAGGGAUUUACGGACGCAGAGAUCCGCAGGUUCAUCAAGGCAUAUAAGAAGUUUGGUCUCCCCCUUGAACGGCUGGAGUGCAUAGCACGCGAUGCUGAGCUAGUUGAUAAGUCAGUGGCGGAUCUGAAGCGUCUGGGCGAACUGAUUCACAACAGCUGUGUGUCGGCAAUGCAGGAGUAUGAAGAGCAGCUCAAAGAAAACGCCAGCGAGGGGAAAGGACCAGGAAAAAAGAGAGGUCCAACAAUCAAGAUAUCUGGGGUUCAGGUGAAUGUGAAAUCCAUUCUCCAGCAUGAAGAAGAGUUUGAGAUGCUGCAUAAGUCUAUCCCUGCGGACCCUGAAGAAAAAAAAAAGUACUGCUUAACCUGUCGAGUCAAAGCUGCCCAUUUCGAUGUGGAGUGGGGAGUGGAGGACGAUUCUCGCCUCCUGCUGGGGAUUUACGAGCAUGGCUAUGGAAACUGGGAGCUGAUUAAAACAGACCCAGAGCUCAAGUUAACUGACAAAAUUCUGCCGGUGGAGACAGAUAAAAAGCCUCAGGGGAAGCAGCUACAGACCCGAGUGGACUAUUUGCUGAAGCUGCUCAGGAAGAGCCUGGAGAAGAAGGGGGCUGUGUCCGGCGGGGAAGAGGCCAAGCUAAAGAAGCGCAAGCCUCGAGUAAAGAAGGAGAACAAAGCUCCCAGGCUAAAAGAUGAACAAGGGAUUGACUUUUCCUCUCCUAGACACUCCGAUAACCCAUCAGAGGAGGGGGAAGUAAAGGACGAUGGCUUAGAAAAAAGUCCAAUGAAAAAGAAACAGAAGAAGAAAGAGAACAAGGAGAACAAGGAGAAACAAAUGAGUUCUAGGAAAGACAAAGAUGGGGACAAGGAAAGGAAGAAAUCGAAAGAUAAGAAAGAGAAGCCUAAAGGUGGUGAUGCCAAAUCUUCGAGUAAAUCAAAGCGAUCUCAGGGUCCUGUCCAUAUUACAGCAGGAAGUGAACCUGUCCCCAUUGGCGAGGAUGAGGAGGAUGAUCUGGACCAGGAGACAUUCAGCAUAUGUAAGGAGAGGAUGAGGCCCGUGAAGAAGGCACUGAAACAGCUGGACAAACCCGACAAGGGGCUCAGCGUGCAGGAGCAGCUGGAGCACACCCGGAACUGCCUGCUGAAGAUCGGGGACCGCAUCGCCGAGUGCCUUAAAGCUUACUCCGACCAGGAGCACAUCAAACUGUGGAGGAGGAACCUAUGGAUCUUUGUUUCCAAGUUUACAGAAUUCGAUGCUCGAAAAUUGCAUAAGUUAUACAAGAUGGCUCAUAAGAAAAGAUCUCAAGAAGAAGAGGAGCAAAAGAAGAAAGAUGAUGUGAUUGGUGGUAAGAAGCCAUUUCGGCCCGAGGCCUCAGGGUCAAGCCGGGAUUCGGUGAUGUCUCAGUCCCACACCCCGCACGGCUUGCACCCCCAGAAGUCUCACCUGCCUGCCUCCCACGGGCCGCAGAUGCACGGACACCCGAGAGACAACUACGGUCAUCCCAACAAGAGACACUUCAGUAAUGCAGAUCGAGGGGACUGGCAAAGGGAAAGGAAGUUCAACUAUGGUGGUGGCAACAACAACCCGCCGUGGGGAAGUGACAGGCACCAUCAGUACGAGCAGCACUGGUACAAGGACCACCAUUAUGGGGACCGGCGACACAUGGACAGCCACCGGUCUGGGAGCUACCGACCCAACAACCUGUCCAGAAAGAGACCCUAUGACCAGUACAGCAGCGAUCGAGACCACCGGGGACACAGAGAUUACUACGACAGGCACCACCAUGACUCCAAGCGGCGGCGAUCUGAUGAAUUCAGGCCGCAAAAUUACCACCAGCAGGAUUUCCGACGAAUGUCCGACCACCGCCCCCCGAUGGGCUACCACGGCCAGGGACCCUCGGACCAUUACCGCUCUUUCCACACAGACAAACUGGGGGAAUACAAGCAACCCCUGCCCCCGCUGCACCCUGCAGUCUCGGAUCCUCGCUCGCCCCCGUCUCAGAAAUCCCCUCACGACUCCAAGUCACCCCUGGAUCAUAGGUCUCCUUUGGAGAGAUCACUAGAACAGAAAAACAACCCAGACUAUAACUGGAAUGUCCGGAAAACAUAA